UAAGGCGCUGCCUUCUGCAGCCAGCCCGCCGCCGGGAACUUCGCGCCGAGCGCCCAUCCCCAAGUCUUCCAAGAUGAGUUACACGCUGGAGCCGCUGAGCCACCCGUCCUACCGGCGGGUGGCCGAGAGCCGGACCACCUUCAGCCGGGCCAGCGUGUCGCCCUCCAGCGGGUUCCGGUCCCAGUCGUGGUCGCGGAGCGCGCCCAGCACCGUCUCGUCCUCCUACAAGCGCCACUUGGGCGCGGCGCGGGCUUCCUACGGCUCGACGGGGCUGAGCUCCUCCGAGAGCCUGGAGCUGAGCCAGUCCUCGCUCUUCAACGGCGGCGGCGGCGGCGGCGGGGAGCUGAAGCUGUGCCGCUCCAACGAGAAGGAGCAGCUGCAGGGCCUCAACGACCGCUUCGCCGGCUACAUCGAGAAGGUCCACUCCCUGGAGCAGCAGAACAAGGAGCUGGAGAGCGAGAUCGCGGCGCUGCGGCAGAAGCAGGCCGGCCGGUCGCAGCUGGGCGACGCCUUCGAGCAGGAGCUGCGGGAGCUGCGGGCCGCCCUCGAGCAGGUCAACCACGAGAAGGCGGCCCUCCAGCUGGACUCGGACCACCUGGAGGAGGACAUCCAGCGCCUCAAGGAGCGCUUCGAGGACGAGGCGCGCCUCCGCGACGACACCGAGGCCAUCAUCCGCGCCCUGCGCAAGGACGUCGAGGAAGCCUCGCUGGUCAAGGUCGAGCUGGACAAGAAGGUCCAGUCCCUGCAGGAUGAGGUGGCCUUCCUCCGCGGCAACCACGAGGACGAGGUGGCCGACCUGCUGGCCCAGAUCCAGGCCUCGCACGUCACCGUCGAGCGCAAGGACUACCUGAAGACCGACCUCUCGGCCGCCCUCAAGGAGAUCCGCUCCCAGCUCGAGUGCCACUCCGACCAGAACAUGCUCCAGGCCGAGGAGUGGUUCAAGUGCCGCUACGCCAAGCUCACCGAAGCCGCCGAGCAGAACAAGGAAGCCAUCCGCUCGGCCAAGGAGGAGAUCGCCGAAUACCGGCGGCAGCUCCAGGCCAAGAGCAUCGAGCUGGAAUCCGUCCGCGGCACCAAGGAGUCCUUGGAGCGCCAGCUCACCGACAUCGAGGAGCGCCACAACCACGACCUCACCAAUUACCAGGACACCAUCCAACAACUAGAAAAUGAGCUGAGAGGUACGAAGUGGGAAAUGGCACGUCAUUUGAGGGAAUACCAGGACCUGCUCAAUGUCAAGAUGGCGCUCGAUAUUGAAAUUGCCGCAUACAGGAAACUUCUUGAGGGUGAAGAAACAAGAUUCAGUGCCUUCUCUGGCAGCAUCACUGGGCCAACAUUCACACACAGGCAGCCCUCUGUAACAAUAUCUGCUAGCAAAAUCCAGAAAUCAAAAGUUGAAUCUACAAAGCUAAAGGUCCAGCACAAAUUUGUAGAAGAAAUCAUUGAAGAGACAAAAGUAGAGGAUGAGAAAUCUGAACUUGAAGAGGCUUUAGCAGCGAUGGCUGAAGAGCUGGCUGGUGGAGCAGCAGCUGAAGAAGAGAAGGAGGAAGAGGAAGGAGAAGCGGUGGAGGAGGAAAUUGUGGCAGAGAGCAAGGCUGAGGUUGAAGCAGCUGCCCCUGAAGGUGAGGAAGGAGGAGAAGAAGAGGAAGAAGGUGAAGAAGAAGGUGAGGGAGAUGCAAAGUCUGAUCAAGCGGAAGAAGGUGGAUCUGAGAAGGAAGAAGAAAAAAGUGAAAAAGAGGAGGGUGAUGAAGAAGCAGAAGAGGAAGCUGGGGAAGGAGAAGCUGAGGGAGAGGAAGCUGAAGCUGAGAGCAAAGAAGAAGGUGCAGAAGAAGGUGAAGGAGAGGCAGAGGAAGCUGUUGCUGCAGAGAAGGUGAAAAAAUCUCCACCAAAGUCUCCAGUGGCAGAAGAAGCAGGGGCUAAAGAAGAGGACAAGGGAGGAGAAAGUGGAGAGGAGAAAGAGCAGGAAGGUGAAGGAGAGGAGGCUGAGGAAGAGGAGAAAGCAAGCUCCCCAGCAAAAGCCGGGUCUCCAGAAAAAGCAGGGUCACCAGAAAAAGCAGGAACCCCAGGGAAAGGUUCUCCUGAGAAGGCCGGAACUCCAGAAAAGGCAGCAUCUCCUGAGAAAGCUGGGACACCUGAGAAGGCUUCCCCUGAGAAACCCAGCACUCCAGAGAAAGAGUCUCCUGCAAAAGCAGGGACUCCUGAGAAAGCAGGUACCCCAGACAAGCCAGCUUCUCCAGAGAAAGCAGGGACCCCAGAGAAAGCCACCUCUCCAGAAAAGGCAGGGACUCCAGAGAAAGCUGCUUCUCCAGAAAAGGCAGGGACUCCAGAAAAGGCAGCCUCCCCAGAAAAGGCAGGCAGCCCAGUGAAGGAAGUAGAAGAGAUCAUCUCAGUCGCCAAAGCAGUUAAAGUUAGUGCAGAGAAAGAAACAAAAGAAGAGAAGAAAGAAAAAGCUGAGAAGACAUCCAAGGGGUCGAGCAAAGAGGACAUAGCAGUGAAUGGGGAAGUGGAGGACAAGGGGGAGGAAGAAGACUCGAAGGCAAAGCAGGAAGAAGAUAAAGGUGUGGUCACCAAUGGGCUGGAUGUGAGUCCCAUAGAGGAGGAGAAGAAGGGAAAGAGUGAAGAGAAAGUGGUGGUGACCAAAAAAGUUGAGAAAAUCACCAGCGAAGGGGGCGACGGGACCACCACCUACAUCACGAAGUCUGUGACCGUCACACAGAAGAUGGAGGAGCAUGAGGAGACGGUUGCAGAGAAAUUGGUGUCCACUAAGAAGGUAGAGAAGGUCACUUCUUCACAUGCUGUAAUGAAAGAAGUCAAGGAGAGUGACUAAGAUAAUCCUAUGUUCUCCUUCUAAAGAGCUUGGGUCGGUGCAAAAGGUUAAGCCAUACGACAGCUGCAAAAUGCAUGUAAGUGACGGCUUCUAAGCAGAACGGGUUCUCUUGUGGCAUCUCCAGAAACUAUUUAUUUUAUUUUGGAUUUCUUUUAGUGCAAUACCCAGGGGUGGGGGGGAAUGCAUGCCAACCCUAUGCGCUCCCUCUUGCAGAUCUUGGGGAAUUUCAUUAUUUUAAUUUUUCUUAGGGGAAAAAAAUUGCAUGAGCUGUUAUUUCAGACAGAGGAAGUUGCCGACUUUCCUAAACUGCUGAUAGGAUGCUUUGGAGGAAACGUCUUAAGAUGUAUUAUGCAAAGAAUCAACUGAGCCAAAUACAAACCAACAAUAAGGAAUGAAUGAAUGAAUGAGAAAAAAACAUAAUACUAAUACCCAGAACUCUCCUAGCCUUAAGCUAUUUAAUAAUUAUGUUUACCUCAAUGGUGCAAUUAAAAUGGACUUUUGUUCAUGAGAGAACCUACCUUGACAUGCACAGUACGCAACCUUUUGUUGUUCGAUGUAAACCAGUCACACAGCAGUUCAUGCUCAAUAAAGGUCAUACUGGAAAUGAA